UUGACCAGUUGCGUGUGAUUUGAGUGCUCGCGGGUUUGUGAGUCGGAAGAGGUUAGGUUAUAGAAAUUCCUUACUGCGCAAUUUGCCACUAAAAUAUUGUAUUUCCUUUGAUAGUUUGAGUGACCGUUCGGUUGUUCCGGUUAGGUGUACCGGGUUGAGCUCAAUUAGAGCGGUAGGAAAGAAAAAGCCUUCAAAUAGCCGGUGAUAUCCGACGGUUUAGGGUUGCCAGAGCUAGAGCUUAGGGUAAACGGCGAAACUUAUUUGUAAGUUCAUUAGAGAUUGUUUACAUUAUCAUCAUUUAAUAAUAAAUGUAUUUACAGUCGAGUUCGUUCGCAUACAACGUACUACGGAACAGUUUUUAUUUCCCACAAAUCUCGAAAAUAAAGCUGCAACGAGCAACCUAAACCUGGAACCGAUGAUGGAAGGCCCUACCGGAGAGCUGUACAGCUGCGUGACAUGUCGCCGCCCGGAUUCAGCGCAGAGCAUGGUCGCUUGUGACGAGUGUUCGCAAUGGCAACAUUAUGGAUGCGCCGGUGUUACGGCUACCAUAGCCGAUCGAAGCUGGCUCUGCUGCAGAUGCGUAGCUAUUCACAACGCAGUUAAUUUGACUCAAACCGGCAACAUAAACUCGCCCGAAGCACACACAACGUUUGCUUCAGCUCGCGCCGCUGAACGUCAUGAUAAUACCACCGGUCCAAUAAGAGGGAGACAGGACGAUCCAAAUUUCGGAAGACUUCAAUCCUCGUCUAAUUCGAAUGCCGGAUCAGUCGUCUCAGUCAAUGCUAUUGCUCAUCUUCGUUUAAGGCACCUGAAAGAGCAAAAGGAUUUGGAGGAUCAAAAAGCGGAACGGGAUCGCGAGUUUCUUGCUAGAAAGCAGCAGCUAGAAGCAGAAAUAGCUUUGGAAGAGCUCAAUGAAGGAUGUGAUCGUAGCGUAGGAGGAAAAAGUCAUCGAAGUAUCGCCGGUUGGGUGGAACAACAAUGCGGAUUCGUGCAUACUUCUACCCCAGUCCAGCAGAAACCCGAGACAGUGGCUCCAAGUGCGAACCCACAUCCCGCCAUCCAACAGUGA